AGAAGUGACUCAAUAUGUACAAGAUAAUUUACCUAUGUCUAUAAAUACUAUAUUAUCAGCCAUUUCUCAGACUUGUAUCAGCCCAUUUAUCAACACCAAUAACAUAAAACACGAUUCUGAUUGGCAGUGUUUUUCAAAAGACCGAAGAUUUGAUGUUUCAAGUCAAACCUGUCAAAUUCAAACAAAAACUGGAGCACCACAUCACAGACAAAAGCGAUCAAUACCAGAACGCAUGCCUAAAUCAAUUAAUAAUGAACCCUAUUGGAACUCAUCAGUACCACAAUGUAUAGAUACAAUGGAACCAGUGUUCAUUAACUGUCCUGUUAAACCAAUACCAGUAUAUCUUGGUAAAUAUGGUCCAGUGCCUGUUAAUAUCACCAUACCAACAUGUACAGAUAACUCUGUUUUACCACCAAAUAUAAGAUACCAACCAGACAAUUUUAGACUACCAUAUAUCUUCAGACAGGACACCAGAAUAAAAGUUACAGCAAAUGAUUCAGCUGGUAAUGAAGCUUCAUGUGAUAUUGAUGUUGUUCUAGUUGAUAAUACACCACCUGAUAUAGUUUGUCCUUAUUAUGUUAAUAUUACAUAUGACACAAUGAAUGAAAUAGUUUUGAUAGAAUAUGAUGACGUUGAUAUCAGUACAUAUGAUUAUAGUGGAUUGACUCGUAUAACAUUUUCCCCACUACCUUUAACACCAAUACCUAUGAUGAAGGUUAUUUUGGUAACAGCCAUAGUUACUGAUGUGUCAGGAAAUAAUGCUACAUGUCAGUUUCGUUAUCUGGCACAAUCCAAGAGUUGUCCUUCUUGGAGUCUAGAAACACCAGAUAAUGGUAAUAAAUCAUGUUCAGGUGUCGUAGGUGGUGCUGGUUUUAGUUGUGAUGUCAGGUGUCCCUCUGGUUUUGAUUUUGCUGUGGAUAAACCAUUACAGUAUAUAUGUAGAUUUGAUGCAAAAUGGAUUCCCCAUAAUUAUGUUCCUGACUGCACAGAAAAAAUUUAUCCAAGUUUUCAGUUGGAUUUAUUUUUUAAUUUUACCAAAGAUGGAUCCGGGACAUCGGAUUGUUUAACUUUGGUGACAAAUGACAUAUUCGAAUAUUUAAUUAGUGUUAUACAAGGAGCUUGUCAAGAACCACAUCUCAAUAUAAGUAUUAUUGGUAAUAGUUCCUUGGCAGUAGUAAAUAGGGAUGAACUAGCACAAACACAGUGUAUAGCAUGUGAACAGGGAACAUCAACAGAAACAGAACAUUCUAAACAUCCAGAUAAUUGUAUUGAAAUUUGUAGUCAGGGCGAAUUUAGUGAAACUGGGUUAGCACCAUGUUCAGAAUGUCCACUACAUACAUACAGUUCACAGAUAUUUAGUGUAUUAUGUGAAGAAUGUCCUAAUAAUACAGUUACAAUAUUUGUGGGCAGCACAAACAUAUCAGAUUGUAUAGUGGUAGAUCAGUGUUUAAAGAAUGACUGUAUCAAUAAUGCUACAUGUAAUAAUUAUGACAGAUAUUAUACAUGUUCAUGUCAGCCAGGUUUUACAGGUGAACUAUGUGAAAUUAAUAUAGAUGAAUGUAUUAGUUCACCAUGUGUUAAUGGUGGAAGUUGUAUUGAUGGUGUUAAUUCUUUUACAUGUAAAUGUCCAGAUGGACAUGAUGGUGAUUAUUGUGAAAUUACAGUAGAUCCAUGUGAUAAUAAUCCAUGUAUUUAUGGAGUCUGCAUACAGAAACAUGGAAAUCUAACAUGUCAAUGUUUUAAUGGUUAUCAUGGGGAAAGAUGUGAAUUAGACAUUGAUGAAUGUGAAAAUGAUCGAUGUCAAAAUGGUGGAAAAUGUUUAAAUCUGAUAGAUGAUUUCUUUUGUGAUUGUACUGAUACAGGAUUUGAAGGAAGAUAUUGUGAAGACAAUAUAGAUGAUUGUUGUAUAUGUAGUUGUUUAAAUAAUGGUAGAUGUAAUGAUCAGAUCAAUGGUUAUAACUGUACAUGUCUGCCAGGAUUUACAGGAGAUCAUUGUGAAACUGAUAUAGAUGAUUGUCAACCCAAUCAUUGUCAAAAUGGUGGAAUUUGUCUUGAUAGACAAAAUGGUUAUUCAUGUACUUGUCAGGUUGGAUAUACUGGUAGUUGGUGUGAAACAGACAUUGAUGAAUGUGAAGAAAAUCCAUGUUUAAAUAAUGGUGUCUGCUCGGAUUAUAUCAAUUAUUAUAACUGUUCUUGUCCAUCAGGUUUUAAUGGUAAUAGAUGUGAGAAUAAUAUAGAUGAUUGUUUAACAUCAACCUGUAAUAUUAAUGGUACUGAAUACUGUAUAGAUAAAAUUAAUGAUUUUACAUGUGUUUGUCUACCAUUCUGGACAGGUAUUAACUGUAAUAUAAGAGUAGAUCACUGUGAUUCAGCACCAUGUUAUAAUAAUGCUACAUGUACAUCUAUUGAUGAUGGUUAUUAUUGUGAUUGUUUACCAGAUUAUACAGGAACUAGAUGUUCAGUUCAUAUUGAUGACUGUGCUGCUGAACCAUGUCAACAUGAUGGUCUCUGUAUAGAUAAAGUUAACAAUUAUACAUGUCAAUGUGCAGACGGUUUCGAUGGUAGAGAUUGUGAAAUAAACAUAGAUGAAUGUCAAUCAAAUCCUUGUCAUAAUGAUGGUGAAUGUUUGGAUAUUGUGAAUGGUUUUACCUGCAGAUGUAAACCUGGAUGGAAAGAUACAUUAUGUGAUAUAAAUAUAGAUGAUUGUAGUAGUCAACCAUGUUUAAAUAAUGCUACCUGUUUCGAUUUAGUUGAUGACUUCCGAUGUGAAUGUUUAACAGGUUAUGAAGGAAAGACCUGUUCUGUUGAUACAGAUGAUUGUGCUUCAAAACCGUGUAUUAAUAAUGGUAGUUGUACAGAUUUAGUAGGAGAUUAUUAUUGUGAUUGUUUAGAAGAGUUUGAAGGAAAGACAUGUAAUAUGUCUAUAGAUGAUUGUGCUUUAAAUAAUACUUGUUUAUAUAAUUCUACAUGUAUAGAUGGAUGGAGAAGUGUUACAUGUUUAUGUUCACCAUAUUAUACAGGAGAGGACUGUGGUAAAGAGAAAACAGAGGAUUAUGAUCUUUUGUUUCAUGGUAAAAAUGGCUCUGUUUGUCAACCCAAUGAUGUUAGUAUUGAAAAUACAACUUCAACCACAUUGUGUUUCUGGCUGAGGUUUGCUGAUGUAUCUGGAACUGGAGUUUAUAUGAAUUUACUGGAUGUUUCCACGUCUACUGUACAGCCAUUAUUGGUAUUGUCAUCUGCAGAGUUUGCAGUUUCUAUAGACAGUGAGAAUAUUGUACAAGGUGAUUUAUCAGUAAAUGAUGGACUAUGGCAUCAUGUAUGUUUUAUAUUUGGUAAUGGAGAAUGGCAGCUUUAUUUGGAUGGUGAAGAGGUGACAUCUGGUAACAGUCUUACAACUAAUCUACCAAUCAGACAAAGACUUGUGCUUGGCCAGUCCUAUGACAGUAAAGUCACAGAUCCAUUCCAUGGUGAAAUUAGUCAGUUGAAUAUAUUUAAUGAAGUUUUAAAUACUUCUGUUAUAUAUGAUUUAUCUAGUAACUGUACAACACGACUGGUGGGAGAUGUAUUAGAAUGGCGGAUAUUUGAUUCAUAUAUCAGAAAUGAUGUAGAGGUUGUACAACCUGCUCUUUGUGGAGGAUCAAAAUGUCCACCAGGUUACAGAGGAACAAAAUGUGACAUCAAAAUAGAUAAACAUCCACCAACUAUAGAGACUUGUCCAGAUGAUAUACAGGUAGUAACAGUUGGAGAACCUAGAAUAAUCGUUGACUGGGAUGAACCUGUAUUUAUUGAUGAUAUAGGUAUUGUUGAUAUACAACAAACACACAGACCAGGACAGACAUUUCCUCUGGGAGAAUAUAUUGUCAGUUAUGUGGCAUACGAUGCUGAAAAUAAUUCAGCUGAAUGUAAUUUUGGUGUUAUUGUAAAACCUUUUGACUGUAUACGACCACCAGCACCUGUAUUAGGUCUAGCAGCAUGUAAUGGUUGGACACACGGACAAUAUUGUGUCAUAUCCUGUAUAGAUCCUGUUCAUUAUGAUUUCGUGGAAUUUCCCCCUCCAUUCUAUCGAUGUGGUAAAGAAGGAUUUUGGGAUCCACCUAGGGGAAAUCCCUUCAGAUUUCCACCAUGUGCUGCUUUAUUCCCACCAAAAUCCAGUAUUGAAGGAGGAAUGGAGUUUACUGGAUUAGAAUGUUCUGAUGAGAGAAAGAAGGAAUUAGAGGAGAAAUUUAUAGAAAUCAUGAGACAAUUAGAUGAAAGACUAGGUCUGUGUUCACCUAAUAUCUGUUCCUAUGAUGGUAUAGUUGUUGAAUGUGGUGCUGCUGGUGGAAGCAGAAAGAAACGUGAUGUCAUCUCUACAUACAACCUUAAAUUCAAUUUUAACAUAUCAUCAAACAGUUCUGCCAUUCAGCAACCCAACAAAGAUUUUGCUGCAGAGGAAAUAGAAAUUCUGGCCAAGAAUGGUGACUUUAACUUUAAUGAAUUUCAAAUUGAUCAGAAUUCAUUAACUGUUCAAGUUGUUUUAAACUGCGAACCGGGACAAAGUUCACGACUGAUGCAAAAUGACCAAUGGAGAUGUGUGAAUUGUCCGACUGGUUAUUAUCUAGAAUGUAAUGAAUGUGUACAGUGUGAUAUUGGACAGUAUAAUGAUAUAGAGAAACAGACAUCAUGUAAAUCAUGUCCAGAUGGUCAUACUACUAGUGCUCUUGGAUCUACCAAUGUAUCAGAUUGUUUUUCAUUAUGUGAAGCUGGUAGUUACUACUCACAAUCAACAAGAGAAUGUGUUAUAUGUCCUAGAGGUGAAUAUCAAGAUAUAGCAGGACAAUUACAGUGUAAAUCAUGUCCUAUAGGACAAACUACAGAUAGUACUGGUGCUACUAGUAUAUCAAAUUGUCAAGAUUUGUGUGGACUUGGUGAAGAGUUAUCUGUAACUGGUGAAUGUGUGAAAUGUCCAGUAGGAUCUUAUAGAGAUAGUUUAGAUCAAGCUUACUGUCUAGCUUGUCCAUAUGGAUGGACAACAUCAUCCGUUGGCUCUACAUCUUUAUCAGAUUGUAAUGUUGUUGAAUGUCUGAGAGGUCAGUAUCGAACUGUUGACAAUACAUGUGAACUAUGUCCUAGAGGAACAUAUCAACCUAGUAAAGGUGAGACUAUGUGUAUAGCAUGUGGUAUAGGUUUAACUACUGAUAAUAAAGGAUCAGUAUCUGUAGAUGAAUGUAAAUCUGGGCCUGUAGAUGAAUGUGAAUUACAAGUUGAUGACUGUCAUGAGAAUGCUGAAUGUACAGAUGAAGAAGAUGGUUUCACCUGUACAUGUAAUUUUGGUUAUACAGGAAAUGAAAAUGGAUCUAUAUGUACAGAUAAUUGUAAUGGUCGAUGUAGUGAACAUGGUACAUGUAAUUAUGAUAAUGAAGGCAUGUCAUUCUGUUCAUGUUUACAUGGUUACUAUGGAGAUCGAUGUGAUUCGAUGUCAGGAGUAAAUAAUGCUAUAAUUGGUGGUAUAACUGGAUCAACUGUAGCUAUAAUAAUUAUUAUUGUUGUAGUGGUUGUUAUAGCUAAAAGACGAAAAAUUAAGAAGAAAGAAUUCCAGUCCAAUAAUAAAUUACACCGAAACAAAGUUCCGGCUCUUAUAGCUUUCCAUAAUGGUGCCUAUGAUUGUAUAGAUUCAGACAGCUUUACACACGAUAUUGACAUGGACAAUUAUAACACCAAUCAUUGGAGUCGUAGUGUGUACUCUCGAGUCAAUGAGGCAGAAGAAGACAUUAGUUGGUCUGAUCCUAUGGAAAUAGAAACCACAUUUACUGUACAUCAUCCAGUUGACAAAUCAUCCUCUAAUGAAUCUUCAAAUAACAGUCUAGGUCCUGGAAGUAAUACGUCUUAUUUUUGAAACUUUAAAAUGAAACGAAAUGGAAUAUAAACCAAUAAUGGUUGGAGACAGCCGAUGUUUAACGGAGAUGAGUGGUGACUGAAGAGAGUUAAAGUCUCAGUGAUGUAAAUAGUGUGACUCCGUGGUCUAUACCCCAGGUUUAUGUCAAAACUAGCAAGAGAGAGAGAGAGGGGGAGGUGAUACUGGUUUGCCCAAUUUGACAAUUCUUGUGAACAGAACCUAGUAAAACGAUACAUUUUAUCUCGUAGAGUUCUAGGCUGUCGAUUAUUGUCACCAUAAGGCAAUUCACUUUAAGUUAAUGUAGCCACGCUUUUUGAUUAUACUACCAAGGAAACAAUGUUACAAUGUUCUAUUCACUAUUGACUGAUGGAAAUACAUUAACGUUAAUGCUAAAUUGCUAAAAUUUCUCACUGCCAAUGCCUUUCAGAUAGCAGAUAUUUUAAUUAGCAGAUCUAAUCAAUAGAUUUUCCUAUCAUACUAUACAGGAAUAGUUUGUGUAUAUACAAUACAUGUAUCAACAGUUCGGUAUUAUUGAUUGUUUUCGUAAAAAGGAAAUCUAUAAAAUUUGAUAAGACUUGCUUAGCUAUAUGAAGCAUGGUGCUUUGAUCCCAGCAUAUACAAGGUGACCCCAAAAAACAGGACCCAUAAAAUUUUCAUUAAAUCCUACAAACAUCAGUCUAUGUACGAUCAUUCCCCAAAGUUUCAGUUAUCUUGGUGGCUUUGCGUAAAAGUCAUGUUCUUUCCAAAAUUGAAAUACUGUAGAUUUAUAAGAUUCAAGCUCUUACUGAUUUUGUUGAUCUCCAUAAUGGAUAACAACAAACUCUUAUGUAUAUUAUUUUGUUGUGGUCAAGAAAAUAUAUCCAAUUUUUCGUUUCCAUAUCAUACAUAACUAAAGGAAGCUUUAUGAUUAGGAGAAAUGUGCUUGCAAAGCCACCCAUCCUAUAUGGCUAUGUUAUUUACUUGUGGAUACAUGUAUAAAAUUAUUUGCCAAAGUAAUAUUAUUAUUAGUGCACUUAUUACUUCUUAUGUACCAAAUAUAUAUUUUAAAUAUUUUAUUUCUCUAAUUGAUUACUGAUCUUUGCUCAUUAUAAGAUACCUGUAAUUAGGAAAGUAACGAUUAGCAAUUGACUCCUCAUCAUUACAUUGUUGACUGGGAUCAGUUAUCUUGCAGUGCAAUAUCCCUUUUGUUUACAUGUACUGGUAAGUUUUUAUAUAUAAAAAGUGUUCAUUAGAAAUAGUGCAGUAUUAUUUUGUGAAAGUAAGAAUAUUAAUAAAAGAGAAUAUUGAAUCCUUAAAUAUUGUGAAAAGUAUUAUAUUUUUUAUAUAAAUAUAUUACUGGUAUCAUGGACCUUAUAAUAAGGUCCAUGCAUGUAUCAAAUUAUUAGAUGUACAGAUUUGUGGUAUUCGAAUGUUUAUAAAUAAAAAAAAGCAUUAAUGUAAUAGGCCUUUGUAUGGUUGUUUUGUAAAUAGAAUUGUAUAGAGAAAUUUUCUUAUAAUUUAUGUAAAUAGUAGAAUAGACAUCAAUCAGGCAUUUGUAAAUAGUGUAUAUUUGAAGUUGUAAAACAUUCCUAUAGUUACACUGCCAAAUAGUUCAUUAUCGUUAUAUGUUAGAUUACAGUGUUUGUUUGAAUCAUUAUGUUGAUAGAAUACAAUUGCCUAUUUUUUGCAACUUAAACUUAAAAUAAUUUAUGUAAUAUAUUUUGUUAUGGAUAUUAUGUUCAUAAAUACAUGUAUGUGGAAUAUUUUAGUAAAAGCUCAUAUAAAUAAAUUAGUGUAAAUAAAAUGAAUAUAUAAUAUCAGAGAAUCAUUUGGGUAUAUAAUUAACCUGCUCAAUUUUGAAAUUCAAUUUUUAUUCAUUUUAUUUAUUUGUAAGUAUAUAUUUGAAAUUAAGUGUGAGUGUCUUUAUUUUGUUAUUGCAUGUCAGUAAUUGAUUUGUCUUUCAGUCAUAAUGAGUUUUGUGACAUUUUCUUAUCUCGCCUUAGAGAGUACAUCCUGUUGGAUGGUUAGUCAUUAAAACUAGGAUAAGUCAAUCCAGGAAAAAGUUUGGUUUCCUUUAUGAUGUCAGUAUGGAGACAUGUGGAUCUACACAGAUGAUCUGUAGAUAAAAAGAUAUAAUACCGGGUAGUAUACCAACAUCCUCUUACAAAAUUGAACUAGAAGUUCUCUUUUUAAAAUCAUUUCCUUGAAUAGUAGAUUGGUGUUGGGUGUGAGAAUUCACCUCCCUGAUUGCUUAUGGUCAAUAAACCAGAGAUAUUAAAAGUUUAAAGAUCUAACAUGAAUAAAUUAGAACACCAAUCUAUUUCGUUAAAAUACCGUAUCGUAAAAGACAGUAGUUUGGAGCUCUAAUAUCCAAGUUUUGAUAUAAAUGUUUUGUGAAAAAUGUGUACAUUUGAUAGAAUAUUGUGUGUAUUCAGUAUUUUGUUAAUUGACAGAGGUGUUAUACUUCGUCAAGAUGUUGAGACUAAUAAAGUAUAUAUAUAUAUAUAUUCUGUAAAAUGUAACGGGAAAGGGGUAGAAGAUAUGUAUAUUUUAUAAUCAUUUUUGAAUAAAUCUAGUCUUCCAUA